AUGUACGACUACUCAGAUGCACGUGAUCUCACGUUGUUCGUCAACGGAUCGCCUUAUGCAUAUCGCAAUUUCGGCAAGCUGGCGAAGCAUGUGGUGAUAGUCCUGGCAUGUCAUCGUAGCACUAUGGACCAAAUUCCGACCGAUUUUCGGGCUUGGGCCGAUAACUGCGCUGUGUUCAUCGAAGCACUGAACAUCUGGGCAGAUGAUCUCUUCGGCACAUCGGUGAGCGGCUUUACUUCUCAGAUCGUAACACUCAACCACCCGCAUCUUGUCCGCAGACUUAUACUUGCUGGAACGGCUCCCACGAUUGGUCUGGGGGUUGUUGCAUACGAGCCAAAGAUCGUCGAAGCUUUGAGACUUGUGGACUCCGCAGUGACAUUGGAAGAGGUGGGAAACGUAUUUGUUCGAAUAGCGUUAUCUCUGUCAAAUGAGAAACACACCCUGGGAAGAGCGUGGCUCCAGCGAUUGUAA